UUUGUGCUUCUCUGUUUAGGUUGUGUGUCUUUGGCCAGCUCCAGUGGCAACACCCCCGUGCUGCACCAUAAAACUGCAGAUCUUGAGGAAGUCUACUUGUCUGCUGAUGGCUCUCAUCACAUCUACGACGCUACAAACAACGUACAAGAUGGCGGCUACUUGUACGACAACUCCAGUAACCAUAGUAAAGGCCACCACAGUUGUUCAGACAGCCCUCUUAGUAAAAAGUCACCAACGCCACCUGGUGGUUACGUCACAAAAAGAUACAACUCCAGCGCUUCUUCAUCUCAACGAAGAGAAAGCUUGCAGCCCCAGGAGCGUUCGAGGUCUCCGGUCAGUCGUAAAUCAAGGAAGCGCAGCCCGUCAAGGAAACACAGUCGUUCCAAGUCUCCAGGCAAACAGUCAAAGAGGAGCAAAUCCCCAAGUCCACACAAACACAGGAACCAUUCAAAAUGCAGAUCAGUAUCACGUUCACCCAAUAAAUACAGCUCGUCGAGUCGUCAACUACGACUGAUUGAACAGUCUCCCAAGCAAUACAGCAGGCACCAAUCACCCGCACACCAUUCCAGAUCUCACCUCAGCAGUGCUGUUUCCUCGCAGACACGUGUGGA